GCAGAGACUCGGCUGCCUGGCUCUUCAUGGUGGCGGGAGCAACCCCUACUGCUACCAGGAGGGGCGUUGGGGACCCGGGUGGCUCUGGCAGCUCAGCGGUCCGCAGCAAUGAGAAGCCAGGGGAGCGUGAGGAGCAGCCCAGGGCAGGGCCCAGAGUGGGUGGGCAGAGGCGGCCGGAAGGUCCUGCGCAUCUGGCUCAGCAAGAUGUCGGUGAAGGAGGGCGCACAGCGCAAGUGGGCAGCGCUAAAGGAGAAGCUGGGGCCACAGGACUCGGACCCCACAGAGGCCAACCUGGAGAGCGCGGACCCUGAGCUGUGCAUCCGGCUGCUCCAGAUGCCCUCUGUGGUCAACUACUCUGGCCUGCGCAAGCGCCUGGAGGGCAGCGACGGCAGCUGGAUGGUGCAAUUCCUGGAGCAGAGCGGCCUGGACCUGCUGCUCGAGGCGCUGGCGCGGCUGUCGGGCCGCGGCGUGGCACGCAUCUCGGAUGCCCUGCUGCAGCUCACCUGCGUGAGCUGCGUGCGCGCCGUCAUGAACUCGCGGCAGGGCAUCGAGUACAUCCUCAGCAACCAGGGCUACGUGCGCCAGCUCUCCCAGGCCCUGGACACAUCCAACGUGAUGGUGAAGAAGCAGGUGUUUGAGCUGCUGGCCGCCCUGUGCAUCUACUCUCCCGAGGGCCACGCACUGACCCUGGACGCCCUGGACCACUACAAGACGGUGUGCAGCCAGCAGUACCGCUUCAGCAUUGUCAUGAACGAGCUCUCCGGCAGCGACAACGUGCCUUACGUAGUCACCCUGCUCAGCGUGAUCAACGCCGUCAUCCUGGGCCCCGAGGACCUGCGCACGCGCACCCAGCUGCGGAAUGAGUUUAUCGGGCUGCAGCUGCUGGAUGUCCUGGCUCGCCUGCGAGACCUGGAGGAUGCCGACCUGCUGAUCCAGCUGGAGGCCUUCGAGGAGGCUAAGGCUGAGGACGAGGAGGAGCUGCUGCGAGUCUCUGGUGGGGUCGACAUGAGCAGCCACCAGGAAGUCUUUGCCUCCCUGUUCCACAAGGUGAGCUGCUCCCCGGUGUCCGCCCAGCUCCUGUCAGUGCUGCAGGGCCUCCUGCACCUGGAGCCCAGCCUCCGCUCCAGCCAGCUGCUCUGGGAGGCCCUGGAGAGCCUGGUGAACCGGGCCGUGCUCCUGGCCAGCGAUGCCCAGGAAUGCACCCUGGAGGAAGUGGUUGAGCGGCUUCUGUCUGUCAAGGGGCGACCCAGACCGAGCCCCCUGGUCAAGGCCCAUAAAAGCGUCCAGGCCAACCUAGGCCAGAACCAGAGGGGCAGCUCCCCGCAAAACACUACAACCCCCAAGCCCAGCGUGGAGGGCCAGCAGCCAGCAGCAGCUGCUGCCUGUGAACCCGUAGACCACACCCAGAGUGACAGCGUCCUGAAAGUUUCGCAGCCGAGAACCCUGGAGCAGCAGGCGUCCCCUCUUCCCCCAUCCACCCCCCUGCUCCCUGGUUCCAGUGCUGACCUGACAAGCUCCUGUGAGUUCCCGCCCCCACCACCUCCACCACUCCCGGUCAUGGGAUGCCCACCCCCACCCCCACCCCUGCUGCCUGGUAUGGGCUGGGGCCCUCCUCCACCCCCACCUCCACUGCUGGCCUGCACCUGCCGCCCCCCUGUGGCGGGAGGCGUGGAGGAGGUCAUCGUGUCCCAGGUGGACCACAGCUUGGGCUCCGCCUGGGUCCCCAGACAUCGGCGGGUGAACCCACCCACACUGCGCAUGAAGAAACUGAACUGGCAGAAGCUGCCAUCCAACGUGGCACGUGAGCACAACUCUAUGUGGGCGUCCCUGAGCAGCCCCGAUGCCGAGACUGUGGAGCCUGACUUCUCCAGCAUCGAGCAGCUCUUCUCCUUCCCUGCGGCCAAGCCCAAGGAGCCCACCACAGCAGCCGCACCGGCCAGGAAGGAGCCCAAGGAGAUCACUUUCCUUGAUGCCAAGAAGAGCCUGAACCUCAACAUCUUCCUGAAGCAAUUUAAGUGCUCCAACGAGGAGGUCGCUGCUAUGAUCCGGGCCGGCGAUACCACCAAGUUCGAUGUGGAGGUUCUCAAACAGCUCCUUAAGCUCCUUCCAGAGAAGCACGAGAUUGAAAACCUGCGGGCAUUCACAGAGGAACGAGCCAAGCUGGCCAACGCCGACCACUUCUACCUCCUCCUGCUGGCCAUUCCCUGCUACCAGCUGCGAAUCGAGUGCAUGCUGCUGUGUGAGGGCGCGGCCGCCGUGCUGGACAUGGUGCGGCCCAAGGCCCAGCUGGUGCUGGCCGCCUGCGAAAGCCUGCUCACCAGCCGCCAGCUGCCCAUCUUCUGCCAGCUGAUCCUGAGAAUUGGGAACUUCCUCAACUACGGCAGCCACACCGGCAAUGCUGACGGCUUCAAGAUCAGCACGUUGCUGAAGCUCACGGAGACCAAGUCCCAGCAGAACCGUGUGACGCUGCUGCACCACGUGCUGGAGGAAGCGGAAAAGAGCCAUCCAGACCUCCUGCAGCUGCCCCAGGACCUGGAGCAGCCCUCACAAGCGGCAGGGAUCAACCUGGAGAUCAUCCGCUCAGAGGCCAGCUCCAACCUGAAGAAGCUUCUGGAGACUGAGCGGAAGGUGUCUGCCUCGGUGGCCGAGGUCCAGGAGCAGUAUACUGAGCGCCUCCAGGCCAGCAUCUCGGCCUUCCGGGCACUAGACGAGCUGUUUGAGGCCAUUGAGCAGAAGCAGCGGGAGCUGGCCGACUACCUGUGUGAGGACGCCCGGCAGCUGUCCCUGGAGGACACGUUCGGCACCAUGAAGGCCUUCCGGGACCUCUUCCUCCGUGCCCUGAAGGAGAACAAGGACCGGAAGGAGCAGGCAGCGAAGGCAGAGAGGAGGAAGCAGCAGCUGGCGGAGGAGGAGGCGCGGAGGCCUCGGGGAGAGGACGGGAAGCCUGUCAGGAAGGGGCCCGGGAAGCAGGAGGAGGUGUGUGUCAUCGAUGCCCUCCUGGCCGACAUCAGGAAGGGCUUCCAGCUGCGGAAGACGGCCCGGGGCCGCGGGGACACCGACGGGGGCAGCAAGGUGGCCUCCAUGGACCCCCCAAGAGCCACAGAGCCUGUGGCCACCAGUAACUCUGCAGGAGACCCCGUGGGAGGCACACACUGUCCCGCCUCUAAGCCCGACCUUGAUGCUACAAUGGCCAGCGAGUCCCGGGGCUGGGACCUUGUAGACGCCGUGACCCCCUGCCCUCAGCCCACGCUGGAGCAGUCGGAGGAGGGUGGUCCCCCGCCCCUGGAGAGGCGUUCUUCCUGGUAUGAGGAUGCCAGCGACGUCCUAACCACCGAGGAUGCCCAGUGCCCCCAACCCUUGGAGGGGGCCUGGCCAGUGACUCUGGGAGAUGCUCAGGCCCUGAAGCCCCUCAAGUUCUCCAGCAACAAGCCCCCUGCAGCUGGAAGUUCAAGCCAAGAUGCCAAGGAUCCCACGUCCUUGCUGGGCGUCCUGCAGGCCGAGGCCGACAGCACAAGCGAGGGGCUGGAGGACGCAGUCCAUAGCCGUGGUGCCAGACCCCCUGCGGCAGGCCCGGGUGAGGAUGGGGACGAGGACGAGGAGGAUACAGCCCCAGAGUCCGCGCUGGACACAUCCCUGGACAAGUCCUUCUCCGAGGAUGCGGUGACCGACUCCUCGGGGUCGGGCACACUCCCCAGGGCCCGGGGCCGGGCCUCAAAGGGGACUGGCAAGCGACGGAAGAAGCGUCCCUCCAGGAGCCAGGAAGGCCUCAGGCCCAGGCCCAAGGCCAAGUGAGAGAGCCCAGGCCACAGGACAUGCUGCCAUUCUGCCAAGAGAGGCUCUUCUGGGGGCCAGGCUGGGACUGGGCCCCGGAAACCAAAAGUCCGUGCCUUACCCAGCUGGGGCCCUCCCGGAGCCUUCUUUGGGUGUUGUGGCUGGGACCCCAACAGGCACCAGUACCCUGCCAGGCCUAGUGCCCUCCUGGACUGCCUGCACGCGCCAGCCUCCUACCUGCUUCCUAAAGGCGACCCUGGCCCACACCCGCAUGCACCCGGUGCAGCCUGCCAAGGGCCAGUCGGGGGGGCUGUGUCCUGCCAGUGUCCACCACAGCUCUGCCUGCCCUUCAGCCCAGCAGGGUUUAAUCAAAACGCAAUGCUUUGCGAGUCUUUACUGCUCGGAGGUGGCUGAGUUGGGGGCCCUGGGCAGGGGUAGGCUGGCAGGCAGUGCCAUGGCAGGCCAGGGUCCCCUCCCGUGGGGUCUGGCCCCCAUCCCAGCAUGUCCAGCCCCUGAAGUUGGAGUGGGGAGCGGUGUGCAUUUGCUGCCACCGCCAGGCCUCUGCCCUGCAGCUGAAACUUGGCCAUCACAUCAACAGAAAACCCCUCCCGGUGCCAGCUGCCCAGGAUGGGCGGGCCCUGGGGACAAUACAGUCCACCUGAGGGGCUGCAGGGUGACACCCAGCAGCCUCUGCCCCCUCACUGCCCACCCAGCGAGGGCAGCCUGCCCGAGCCUGCCGCCUGCCAGCGGUGUGCCCUGAGGCUGGCAGCUGGACGUGUGGCCAAUAAAAAGCAGACCUAG